CAGAGAACAACAUUUACGCCAUACCAGUUGUCCAAAAUGGAGUCUCUCUUCUCAAAAUCCCAUUACCCAGAUAUAUUCCUCCGCGAGCAGCUGGCGUCCAACAUCAGCCUGUGCGAGGCUCGAAUACAGGUUUGGUUCCAAAACCGUCGAGCAAAAUGGCGAAAAGACCUGCGAAAUUCCAAGAUUCCCACCUUCACGCAUAGAGGGCGCUCGUGCGAGUUGAACAGAAUUAUAAGUGAUAUGCAUUUCCCGCUUCCCGUAGAUUCCCGAGGCCUAACAAGUAUCCAAUCACAUUUCCACUUGACCAGAAGUCAAUACGAUCGGCUAGCCCCUUCCGGCUACUUCAGCUCUUUCCAGCCUCAAAUAGAAAUCCCAAUGAGGAGGACCGGAAGUGAUCCUUUCCAUCGAUGCAAUGUAGCCGAAUAUGAACGGCACCCGUGCAUCGGAUGUUCUUGUCCGCCGAAGGGGAAGUAACUCUAUCUACCGUUCGUAGAAACGGCAUCGACAGAGAACAUGGCUUGAUGUCCGGUGUAUCUCAUACUAGAAAAUGAAAUAGCGCCUUAGCAAAUUCGCUAGAUACAGUAGAUGUUUUCCAUAGUUAAGACGCUAUGUAUAUUUCAAUGAAAUAAACACACUUUAAUAAACAUUAUAUUG